AUGGUCUCUCCGGAUGGCACUCCCAAGAAAUGCACCUCCAAGUUCUGCUGCGGAUACGAUUUCCAAGGGUGCCACUGGGCUGGAACAGGCAGCUGCAAUAACAACAACAUUUGCUCCUCCUCGGAUGUGCAGGUCGGGCUGGACGCUGAGGGCGAUACCGGGGCACAAUGCUACAGUAUUGGUCGUUCCAAAGCGCUCUGCUGCAGCGUUCCGGCAAACUUGACUUCAUUACUGCCCGUAUCACUUGAAGACCUCUUCCCAACCCUACCCCCGCAAGAGGACGUACCCCGUUUCGAUCUACAGUUCUUAUCCGCCGAGGAACUAGGGCAGCAUGAAACCAGCACGAAUGAAUCGUCCCCGCAGACAUUAGGAUUCGUCGUCAUCGAUGGCCCCGCAGAGUCAGUCGGCAGCUUAUCCAAGAGAGACGGCUCGCACAUUCAGUUCGUCACUCGUGGAAGCAGGCAAGAGAAAGGCACGCACAAAGCCAGAUACAUCUGUAUGGACACGUCAGAUGGGUCAAACUGCGACCAGAUGCAUGUUGGAGGCGUUGAAGGAAAGAUAUUCAAAAUGCCCGAGGAGGCGGGCUUCGCAACGUACGCGGUGGCGCAUUCAACCCAGCCCGCAGAUGACCAGCGCCUCCCGGAGCACCUGAAGAAGAGGGCACCACCAAACGCCGUCGUCCAUGAGCUCGAAUACAGCUACAACUUCACUCUCUCCAAGCGCACCGACAGCGACGUCUACGUCCGUAUCGACUACGCCGCCUCGAAUGACUACUACGAGAAGAUUGUGGCGGCCCCGCAUCAGAAACGGGGAGAGGGCUUGAGCCGGCGCUUCUGGAGCAAGAGCUUCGACACGUGGAAGUCUCUUUUUGAAGGCCUGAGGGAACAACCACCGCAAGCCACCAUGAGCUAUUCUUUCCAGAAGCUCCUGUACGGAGAUGACGGUACAGAGAAACAGUGUCCUGGCGGGAACGACGGUUUCCUAAAAAUCAGCCUGCAGGGACUGGUGCAGAGUCAAGUGCGCUUCGGCUUCACCCUGGUUGGCAGAAUCGCACCCGAGCUCGUGUUGGAAGAGGCCUAUGGCUUCUUCGACACCAAGCCGACGCUGUCCGCUUCGUUGAACUUCGACGGCAAGGGCCAUCUCGCCAUACCCGACGGCACAACCGCACGUCUACUCCAAGGCGAGCUUUCCAGCAUGGGCUUCAGCCAUCCUGGCAUCGUCUCCUUCUCCCCAAGGCUCAACGUCCUAGUCCAAAUGGCCGGCGCGGGCACCCUCGACGGCACCUUCAACAUGGCCAUAUUCUCGGCAGCCGACGACGUCCUAACCACACACGCGCCGCCGAACCUCGGCGACUUCAGCGGGUCCGCGGCGGGGAAAGCCUUCAAAGCAGCCUACGACGGCGCGUUCGACGCCAACGGCACCGGCCAGAUCUUCGCCCUGAACCUCACCACCGAGGCGCAGAUGCAGCUACGGAUCUUCGACCACGGCACAUCCCGCAGCGCCGCCGCCGUCAACUUCACGUCCUUACUACCACACCGCUUCCAGAUCCUGAACAACGGCUCCCAGCUCGCCUUCGUCGACGCAGACCAACAGCCCGUGUCCGAAGUCGUCGUCGUCGUCGAUGUCGACCGUGGCAAUCGCAUCCCCGGGUGGAGCGACGCCGACAACACCCCACACGCGGUGGGCCCGGCGCCGCACGCCCUGGUCGUGCAAACCGGGCGGUUCGAGCCGAUCCCGCGCAACGCGCCCAGGAUCGACGGCGCCGCGGUGCUCGGGGGCUCCGAUCUGAUGGGGUGCUCGGGGGCGGCCCGGGGCGUCCUCGCGUGCCCUCUUCCCGACAAGAUCCUCGGUCGGUUCCCGGAGCUCGAUGACGAUCCGGAUGGAGGACGGGCCGCGUCAGGCAAUGCGUCGGAGGGCGGAGCGCGGGGCUUUCGGGUUCGUGGGCCCGUGGGGGACUUUGAUGUUGAAGCGCCGCCGUACCCAGAUGGGCAGAACGGUCUGAAGUUGCGGCAGGCGAACCCCAACGCCGGCCGGUGGACCUUUGUCGGCCAGGGUGCUUGUUCUGGAGGUUCGAAAGUGGGUGCAGACGGACCUGUUAGCGGCGUCAAGUACGUCACCGACCACGUUCUGGAGCUGCAAACACUUCCAAGGUUCUUGGAGUUCAUCAUGGGCGAGCCACAAGCUAUCGGAGGAACGGCAUACAGAACCAACUUCUCCGUGGUGCAGCAGGAGCUUCUGCAAAGGUACAUCACGAUGCAGUGGCGAAACUUGGAUCCCGAGGGAAGCUCUAGCGACUCCAAUAGUCCCAUUGCGGAUAUGUGGGAGGCAUUUGGCAGCGUGCAAACUCCCCAUCGGCUUCUGAAUGUUGAAAGGGGCCUGAACGCCGUCAAGGCUCGGCUUUGGGGAGGCAUGAAUCCCGUCUCGGAUGUUCGAUGGAAUGCCUUGCAGUUUGAUGAUACGAGCGACGUUCAAAAUGCUCUGAACGCCAUCGCAGCCAUUAAUGGUGUCAUGGGGGUAUUCAACUUUAUCAAUUCUCAGAAGGUGCAGACAACAUUGGCGGAAGCUGCCAACGACUUCAACGUUGUCUUGAAUCGCUUUCAAGAACGCUUCAACUCUAUCAACAAUGCUGAUAUCAACAUUGUGGGCCAAUGGGAAGAAUACAUCAGAUCCGUGCUUUCCCAACAGAUCAGCACAAGGGCCAGAGCGUGGAUGAUACGCAGGCUCGGCAUCUUGGUCGAAAAUUGGAAGGGAACGCGAGAUUCGUACCUUGAUCAUCAGCAGGUGGAGCGCGAGCAAGCAGAUGCAGUUAUAAACGAGCUUGGAAUCAUUUUGGACAGCUGUCUUGGCCCCAACGGUACUACUGGCAGCAUUACUCUUCCACGGCUUGCAAUAUAG